GGGGUCAGGUUAGCAGUUCCGGGUGUGAUUGGCUGCGAGGCGGCCCGACUGGCGCUCUCUCUCUCUCUCUCUCUCGGCCCCGGGAAACAUGUGAGCGGUUGGAGCGGCCCAGCGGCGGCGGCAGUAAUUUUUGCACACUCACGGUCGGAACGAUGGACAGCAGUGGCUACAUCCAGUUCGAGGUGGCCGAGUACAGUAACUGUGUGCUGAGCCAGCUGAACGAGCUGCGGCUCCAGGGCAAACUGUGCGACAUCAUCGUUCACAUCCAGGGACAGCCGUUCCGGGCGCACAAAGCCGUGCUGGCCGCCAGCUCCCCCUACUUCCGGGACCACUCUGCGCUCAGCACCAUGAGCGGCCUGUCCAUCUCUGUCAUCAAGAACCCGGACGUCUUCGAGCAGCUGUUGGCCUUCUGUUACACCGGGCGCCUCUCGCUGCACCUCAAGGACGUGGUGAGCUUCCUGACGGCGGCCAGCUUCCUGCAGAUGCAGUGCAUCAUCGACAAGUGCACGCAGAUCCUCGAGAGCAUCCACUCCAAGUUCAGCAUCGUCAGCAUCGACUCAGUGGUGGUGGGGGGAGGGGGGGCCGACGAGAGCCCCCCCUCGGGAACCCGCAAUGGUGUCCGCGAGGGAGCCGGGCGUUUCCUCAACCCGGUGGACAUCUCCCCCCCGUAUUACAGCCAAGCGCGGCAGCCGGUCGCGGGCGAGCCUCGGAGCGUCGAGACUCCGUCCGGACGGACCUUCCCGAGUCGGAGUUUGGGGGAGGAGAGGCACUCGGACCCGGGCAGCGGGGGGAGCGUGUCGGAGCACGAGAUCCCGAUCGAGGGCGACCAGGAGCAGGGGGAGCUGAUGGCCGGGAAUGCCCACCCCAUGGCUGGGCAGAUCACGGAGGUCAAGGUCAAGAUGGAGAAGGCGGAGAGACCCAGCUGCUCAGACAGCUCGUCAGUGGGCGACGACGGCUACCACACCGAGAUGGUGGACGCCGACCACAUGGUUGACCGGGUAGUGGCGGUGAACGUGGGCACGUACGGGCCGGUGCUGCAGCAGGCGUUCUCUCUAUCCCAGUCCACCUCGCAGGCCACCGGCUACCUCUCCCCCAGCACUGUCACCGGCUCCAGCCCCUCCCGCUCCAUGCUCAGCGGCUUCCGGGGCCGGGGCAGGCUGAAGCGGCAGAUGCAGAGCGAGCGGGGAGGUGGGGGGAGCGCGGUGGGCCUGGGGCAGGGCGGGGGGCAAUGUCAGGGCCAGGCCGGUGACGGCGAGGGCGGGCUAAGCCGGCAGAGCUACGAGGGCAGUGGCCGGGAGCACGACGCCAGGGAACAUUGGUUUCCGUACAACCAGAGGCUGAUCUGCAUCUACUGCGGCAAGUCCUUCAACCAGAAAGGCAGCCUGGACCGGCACAUGCGGCUGCACAUGGGAAUCACCCCCUUCGUGUGCCGCUUCUGCGGAAAGAAGUACACCCGCAAGGACCAGCUCGAGUACCACAUCCGCGGCCACACGGACGAUAAGCCGUACCGGUGCGAGCUUUGCGGCAAGUGUUUCCCUUUCCAGGGCACGCUGAACCAGCACCUGCGCAAAAACCACCCGGGGGUCACUGAGCUCAAAGGCCGGCCCGAGUCUCCGGACAGGAUAGAGACCCAAAUGGAACAGAAGGAAGUCAGCAACGAGGAGCCCUCACCUUCCGAGGAGCCCGCCAUUGCAGAGGCACCGAUUCCCGAAUCUUUACCGCUCUCCCACUUGUCCGAAUGAGUCGCCUUGUUAGGUUGGGGUGGGUGGGGGGGAGUUGGGGGAGGAGAGGAGGCACAGCAAAAUAGCAGAAGCACACGAGAAUGAGAAGUAAUGCUACCAUAUACACAAUAGGAUUUGGGUGAUACUUUAGCUUAUUACAGUCCGGUUGGCAUUUCACCCUUUAUACAGCCUCUGUUUCUGGUUAUACAGUAAUUCCGAUCAAAUUCUAUGUUCUUUUUUUUUUCUCCUCUCUUUCAUCUAUCGAUUCUUUCUCGCUAUCCCUCCCUCUCUCCCUCCCUCCCUCCCAGAAUUGUUUGGGAAGGCUUUUGGGGGAAACCAGUUUGAGGGCAGCGGGUUAAGGCGCUUGGUUACGAACACGGUUUUGCCAGGGGUGACCUUAACUGACGGGACACCUGGCUUCCCCACAACAGCACCGCGCAGCCCUGCCUGGCUCACUGCUCACCAGAUUGUUUCAAGCUUCAAGGUUAAAGGGAGCUAGACUUGGGGGAUCCCGAGCCCUGGAAGUCUGGCUUUAAAACCUUGUGUUCCACUGUUGGUGAGGGAACAUUAAUUUCCCCCUCGGAGUCCGUGGAGCGGAACCAUCCUAAACGAUGUAAUUGUACAACACAGAGGGAGACCACCCUACCUAUGUUGUCUGCGAGAGCUCUCUGUGUAAGAAGAGUCCAUUUUGUCCCACGCCCCUGCCCUUUCUCCCCAGUCUGACCCGCUGCCCUGUCCACUGUAACCAGACUUCCUAAAUAUUGGCUGCAGCCGGGGAAACACUUUCCACGUGUGUGACGUAUACGACGUGUGUGGAAAGUCUGACCUGGUACUAACUGGAACUUGAGCACGGCUGCUUCUGCUGUGAGUGUCUAGGUGUCAGACUGUGACCUGACUGACUCUCGCUGGUUUCCCCCUCUCUCCAGACUAGCCCCUGAAAACCCCUGGUGUGUUUUUCUUUUAUCUGACGCCCUUCCCCAUUUAAUCUUCUUUGCCUCCUGCUGUGUAGAAUUGGUUUGAAUGCUUCAGUUUAGCAUUUGCGAGAGCAGAGGCGAGUUUUAUCAAAAUCUACCUGUAAAAAAAAAACUAAAAAAAUGAUUAUUGCUCACUAAUACAUGAGAGCUAUAUAUAAAGGCAUAAAAGCGUUAUAGCAAAUAGCAAUUCUGUGUUCAAAAUAUUUUUGUACUGUGAUAACAUUUCAGGGGGUUUUUUUAAAAAAGAAAAUGAAAGUUUUUUUUAUAUAUAAUCAAAUUUUACCAUCAUUUUAGGUGAGUGUCAUUUUGAAAUUUAAAAAGCAACAUCGUGCACUUAUUUUGUUUCAGUCAGCCUUUCCUGACACCGUUUCCAAUUUGCGAUCCCACAUGGUAGGGGUGGCAGAGUUGCGGGGGGCAAAGGAUGGCAUCCUCUUUUUUGGUAACUGUUAUAUUAAAAAAAAAGUCAAGAGUAUAUGGAGUCCUGUAGCUUA